GCCUCACUCAGGCCCCACCCAGGCUUGACUCAGGCACCCGGAUGAACUUCCACCUCGCCAGUGCCGAGCGGGUGCCGCGAUCCACGCAGCUUGACCAUGGCAAUGAUCCUGGGCUACUGGGACAUCCGCGGGCUGGCUCACGCCAUCCGCCUGCUCCUGGAGUACACGGGCUCAGACUAUGAGGAGAAGAAGUACACGAUGGGGGACGCUCCCGACUAUGACAGAAGCCAGUGGCUGAGUGAAAAAUUCAAGCUGGGCCUGGACUUCCCCAAUCUGCCCUACUUAAUUGACGGGGCUCACAGGCUCACCCAGAGCAAGGCCAUCCUUCGCUACAUUGCUCGCAAGCACAACAUGUGUGGGGAGACAGAGGAGGAGAAGAUUCGCAUGGACGUAUUGGAGAACCAGGUUAUGGACACUGCUAAUGACUUGGCCAGGAUCUGCUACAGCCCUGACUUCGAGAAACUGAAGCCUGGUUACUUGAAGGAGAUUCCUGAAAGGAUGAAGCUCUUCUCAGAGUUUCUGGGGAAGCGGCCUUGGUUUGCAGGGGACAAGCUCACCUACGUGGAUUUCCUGGCUUAUGACGUCCUUGACCUGUACCGCAUAUUUGAGCCCAAGUGCCUGGAUGAAUUUCCAAACCUGAAAGACUUCCUCACCCGUUUUGAGGGCCUGAAGAAAAUCUCCGCCUACAUGAAGUCCAGCCGCUUCCUCCCACACCCUGUGUAUUCAAAGAUAGCCGUGUGGGGCAACAAGUAGUGCCCUGGAAGGCGGGAGAUGGAGUGAGGAGCCAGUGCUGUGCUUGCUGUGCCAGGGCCCUGGAGAACAGCUGGACCUCCCCGCACCCCAGGACCAGAUGUCUUGUUUUCUCCUCCUUUCUUUCCAUUUGCCCCCACUCAGGCCUUAUUUGGCCCCUAACCCUUUCCCAAUCCCAUUCAUCCAGGAUCUUUGCAGCUCUACAGCACCCCACGCUUCUUCAGUGAAGUGACCCCCUGAUGUUAUCCUUUCUGCUUUGAAGCCAACCAGACUAUCCUUCCUUGCUGUGGUUGCUUCUGCUGUGAGUGGCUUCCCCAGACCGCUGGCCUGUAGGGCUCAGGCCUGAGCUCCCAGCACUUCCCUGAAGACCAGAAUUGGCCUGGUGUGCGGGCCCUGGUCCCCCAGCAUGGUCCCUGCCCAGCCCUGCUGAUCACCAAUAAAGCCUUAGUCACA